CCGUAGUGCACGUAAUUAAUUCAGUGAUACAAUUGUUAACGUGCAGGUACUACGGUGUGUCUAUUAUGUAAAUUCGUGUUUGUAUCCGGCUACGACCUCCAGAAGGUCUCUAAGGUGGUGCAGCCAGUUAGCUGUGCGUCGACGAGGCGGGGUGGUGCGGACGUAUCUUCUCUCAUAUUGGAAGUGAAGUGAAAGUGAAUGAAUGUCGGAGGCUUAAUUAGAGAGGACGCUUGCGCCUGCGUCAGUUCCUCUGAAACCGUCGCGUUCAACACACAUCUUGCGUACUAUCGGACGUACGCGCACCAUUCUUGCACGCUCGCAUCACCGUCACCACACAGUCCAUAGAGAUGAGCAGGCACAGUUGCCUGGCGACGGCCGUCCUACUGGCGGUGCUUUGCCUCGCUGAAGCCCAGCGCCGUUUGGCCCUGCCUGACCCCAGGAGUUGCGCUAACAGAGUUCGCCAUUCCACAUACCGCGAUGCGCGCGGAGUUCUGCACUCGUACUUCUUCAGCUGGGAGCAUGCGCCCACCCGCAACCUGGAGGUGGACUGGCUCGACGCGAGGAACAUUUGCAGGCGGCACUGCAUGGAUGCUGUCUCAUUAGAAACUCCACAGGAAAAUGAGUUUGUAAAGCAAAAGAUAGCCCGCGCUAAUAUUCGAUACAUUUGGACGUCGGGCCGCAAGUGCAACUUCGCUGGCUGUGACCGUCCCGACUUGCAGCCCCCCAACGUGAACGGCUGGUUCUGGUCGGGCUCCGGGGCCAAGAUCGGCCCGACCACGCAACGCAACACCGGCGACUGGUCCUACACCGGCGGCUACGGGCAGGCCCAGCCUGACAACAGGGAAGCUGCUCAAGGCAACGACGAGUCAUGCCUAGCGAUCCUGAACAACUUCUACAACGACGGCGUGAAGUGGCACGACGUCGCCUGCCACCACGUCAAGCCGUUCGUCUGCGAGGACAGCGACGAGCUGCUCAACUUCGUGCGCUCGCGCAACCCCGGCCUUCGCCUCUAGGAUCCCGCACCGCACUACUUCGCCCUCUAAAUUAUAAAAUCGUCACUAACUUACGCCGCACUCGAGCACAGUUCGUUACGGAGUGAUCAUUCAAAUGUAGGAUCUAAGUUUUGAGGCCUUCUAGCGUCUAGUUAACAUAUUGUGUGAUGACGUAAAUCUAUCAUUUGGUAUGAACAAGCCGCCUUAAUUUGUAAGCCUUUAGUGCCCAUAGCAAGAGCUUCUUGGGUGCAACUCAUGCUUAGGGUCAAGUUUUUUAACUAGAUUAAUUUUUGAAAUAUGUGGGUUAACUGGGUAAGUUUACGCGCACAAUCUUAGUUUUUUCAUUUGAUUUUUUUAUGAUCACGAGUAGUUGUGCUUUAGCAGUGCGUUUAAUGUGAGCGACGACCUUUAGAUGGUUGAUAUUGUACAAAACCAAGUGGCUAACUCUAUUUAAGUUAUUUAUUAAUUAAAAACUAAUACUGACACUAAAACAAUUAUUUCGUUUAAGUGUGCUUGCGUGACCUGUCAGAUAGAGAUUAUGAUUUUUAUUCUAUAUUAGUCUCGGUCAGUCGUUCUAUCUUGUAAAAAGCUUUGCGCAAAAUAGGGUUAACUUAUAAAUAUUAGAAUAAAUGAAUAAAUUGUU